AUGGCAUACAUUUCAUCACGACCACUGUCGCGGUUAGCUCUGCAAUCGCGUAUCACUCACAAAUCUAUCAAUAGCGCUCAGGCGGCAGCAUCGGCGAACGCCGUUCUUCGCCGCUACACAUCUACUAGCUUGAGCGGUAUUAGCAGUCGGUCGAAAGUAUCCGAUACAAGAGCAUCUACUUUGAAAUCUUUCAAUCCACGCGUUAUAGCGAUUCAAAACAGGGGGUAUGCAGAGCUCAAGGCAAGUGGUGGAAAGACGGAGGCGGAUCUCAUAGUCGAGGAACUGCAGGAACUGUAUGACAACGCCAAAGACGAAUUCGAAAUCGCAACAGACAGCACUAAUGGCGCCACCAUAUACGCCGCCUCCGACCGCGAAUCCGCCCGUGAACUGCUCGAUCAAUUGCUGUAUGUCUACAACGUCUACACCGACAUGACACGUGCCUCUGCCGCCACAGGAUCAGGAUCUCCACCACAAGAAUACGAAGCUGCGCUAGCACCAAACGCAGAACAAACAAAUGCAGACCGUUUAGAUGCGGGAGCUACUGCUGCAGCAGGCGCAAACCCGAUUUUGGAUGUGAAUGAGGCGUUGAGUGGGAACAGUUAUGUGAGGAUUGCGCCGACUUUUAAUCCAGAGUAUAUCAGCGUUGAAGUGAAAGAGGAGGUUAAGAAGAGGGUUGGUCAGAAAGUGAGAGAGUUGAAGAGUGCUGUGGAGAGGUUGGAGGAGAUGGCGGGCCAUGAGUAA